AUGGCGUAUGUAAAAGGUUUUUCCUUGUAUAAUCUCAUACUAUUUGCUAUUUUUAUUCUUAGUUUUAUUGUGCUAAAUGAAUUCCUCCUAUCAAGCAGUAUGAUUGUAGGAGAAUCCACCAUGGAAGGAAAAAAAAGAUCAACAUCUACAAAAAUCCCAAAUCUUCACGAAGUACUUCAGUUCAUUCCACAUGAUGUAGUUCAUACAUGGAGUGUGCGGGAUUAUCUCAUUGUACUUGGAAUUCCCUCUAUGGAUAUAGAUAUACGGCGACGACGACGUCAACUGCAGCGAUCCACCUGUUGGAAGUACCCGAAUGUUGCGACUAAAGCCAAUAACUUCGCAGGAUCAUUAUUAGUUCUCUACGCUCUUGGACGACAUCCAUCUAAUGCGUUUCUCUUUUCAUCUGCAUUAAAAGAAGAGGCAAAAGAGUGGUAUGAUGUAUUAACACUUUCUGUAAAUGAUGCCUUACCAACAACCUCUAAAACUAUUGGAGUGGCGGGUCAUUGGGGUUUAGAAGCUGAAGUGGGAAUGAGUCGAAAGACAUUCGUCUGGUUUGAGCUCUCACUUUAUAUUUUUCCACAUGUAUAUUAUAUUGCAAAAGGGGAUGAUGAUAUGUUUAUGCGUGUACCGCAGUUCCUUGCAGAUCUCUAUACAUUACCACGUCGUGGACUUUACUGGGGAUCCUUUGUUCGUUGGGAAUCACCACGUAAAAAAGUAAAAGAUAAGAUUUACUACGCAGCUGGAAGUUGUAUGAUAUUAGCCAGAGAUGUAGUAGAGGAGUUUGUUUCCUACAAACCACUACAAGAAAUAGUACAUUUACCAUAUCAACCGGAACAUGUAAAAAAGUUUCUUUCAUUAAAUAUGAAUCAUGAAGAUAUGAUGGUGGGACGAGUACUGCGUGAUGCGCGAUAUAAUUCUUUAGUAGUGGCGAGAGAUAAACAGUGUCGAUUUCACAAUCUUCAUAGUGGAAUCCCUGUGCGGGCGGUAACAAAAAAUUCCCUUAUUGUUCAUCAUUUGUUGGAGAGUGAUUACGGUAUGUUGAUGAAACGCUUUGGAAAUGAUACGAAUCCUUCUCCCUAUCGAUAUAAGCGAAUAGGGCAUGGACUGAUUAUGUUUGCUUGUAAAUGA